AUGGCCAUCACCAAGAUCCACGCCCGCUCCGUCUACGACUCUCGCGGUAACCCCACCGUCGAGGUCGACAUCGUCACCGAGACUGGCCUCCACCGCGCCAUCGUCCCCUCGGGUGCCUCCACCGGCUCCCACGAGGCUUGCGAGCUCCGCGACGGCGACAAGUCCAAGUGGGGCGGCAAGGGUGUCACCAAGGCCGUUGCCAACGUCAACGAUGUCAUUGCCCCCGCUCUGAUCAAGGAGGGCAUCGACGUCAAGGAUCAGUCCAAGGUUGACAAGUUCCUCAUCGACCUCGAUGGCACUCCCAACAAGACCAAGCUUGGUGCCAACGCCAUCCUCGGUGUCUCCAUGGCCGUUGCCAAGGCCGCUGCCGCCGAGAAGGGCGUCCCGCUCUACGCUCACAUUUCCGACCUUGCCGGCACCAAGAAGCCCUACGUCCUGCCCGUUCCCUUCCAGAACGUCCUGAACGGCGGCUCCCACGCCGGCGGCCGUCUCGCUUUCCAGGAGUUCAUGAUCGUUCCCAGCGAGGCCCCCACUUUCUCCGAGGCCAUGCGCCAGGGCUCUGAGGUCUACCAGCAGCUGAAGUCCCUCGCCAAGAAGAAGUACGGCCAGUCCGCCGGCAACGUCGGCGAUGAGGGUGGUGUUGCCCCCGAUAUCCAGACCGCUGAGGAGGCCCUCGACCUGAUCUCCGAGGCCAUCGAGAAGGCUGGCUACACCGGUCAGAUCAAGAUCGCCAUGGACGUUGCUUCCAGCGAGUUCUACAAGACCGACGCCAAGAAGUACGACCUGGACUUCAAGAACCCCAACAGCGACCCCAGCAAGUGGCUCAGCUACGAGCAGCUUGCGGACCUGUACAAGUCCCUUGCUCAGAAGUACCCCAUUGUCUCCAUCGAGGACCCCUUCGCUGAGGAUGACUGGGAGGCGUGGAGCUACUUCUUCAAGACCUCUGACUUCCAGAUUGUUGGUGACGAUCUGACCGUCACCAACCCGGCUUUCAUCAAGAAGGCCAUUGACCAGAAGGCUUGCAACGCCCUUCUCCUGAAGGUCAACCAGAUCGGUACCAUCACCGAGGCCGUCCAGGCUGCCAAGGACUCCUUCGCUGCCGGCUGGGGCGUCAUGGUUUCCCACCGCUCCGGUGAGACUGAGGAUGUCACCAUUGCCGACAUCGUCGUUGGUCUCCGCACUGGCCAGAUCAAGACCGGUGCUCCCGCUCGUUCCGAGCGUCUGGCCAAGCUCAACCAGAUCCUCCGUAUCGAAGAGGAGCUUGGCAGCCAGGCUAUCUACGCUGGCAAGAACUUCCGCACCGCCGUCAGCUUGUAA